GCUGCAGCUGACAAGUUAGAUCAAGAGACUAAAUCUGAUGAUACAUACUCUACUGUUAGUUCACCAGUACCUCCAUCAGUUACUAAUAAUGAUACUGCAUUUCCAUCAGGUGAAAUUGUAGUGACUACAGCUAUAGUUAGACCAGUUACCAGUAGUACAGUCAAUCAGUUACCUACUGCAAAUGCAACAGUAUCAGCUUCAGCUAGUGAGCUCUUUUUCAGUGCAGCACAUCAGUCUAUGUUUGAUGAGAUCAGAGGAAGUUUUAUUAUUCUUAUUGAUGAGCUGGUUCCAUUGAUAUCUCAAUCAAAAACAUCCAUUGAUGAAAUGAAGUCAUUCCUUCAACGAUUUUACCCAAAAUUCAGUGCUGAGCUGCCUGAUGCUGAUAGCGUUGAAGGCAUUAUGAAUAUCGCUGUCAAAAAUUGCCGAUUAAACAACAUUUCAAUAUUGAAAUUAAUUAUAAAACGGUUUAAAAUCACUGAAGCCAAUCCUUUGGUAUCAGAGUAUGAGAAAGAAGUGAAGACAGCAUGUAAAUUUCUGAAGGAUUUCCUAAGCCAGAAUCAACCUCAGCAUUUUCUCAUUUGUGAAACAAUUCAGUUUACUUUGGGAUGGGAACCAGAGGAGCACUCACUCGAUGACAUACGUAAUCUCUUAGAGGAAGCAUUUAAAGAAUUAAACAAGAGGAUUAUCAUACGAAGCAUUCAUCGUGGGAACUCCAUCAUUAUCAUCUGUUAUGGUCCACAUCAUUUACUAGCUGCUCUACUCUUGGAAGUACAAGACAACCUAACUGUCUUGAUGAAGGAAUUCAGUUUAAUGAGACUAACCAUUGGCCACUACACUGUCUAUGAUAAAAGGAUCAGAUACAAAGUAAUGAAUAAUGAGUGUCUUGCAGAGGAGAUUAAACUAGCUGAUGGAGAGGAACAAGAACUGAGGACUUUACUUGAUUACAAAGAAGGUGUGAUAGUUGAUCUAUUACUUAAUCACUGA